AAAAUUUUGGUUGUUAAAUUAAAAUUUUAUUACUUAUGACACCCUACGUUAUUUUCGCUUUUUGUUAAAUGUGCGUUUUGUUUGUAUUAAUUCACGUGAUAACUAUUUAAAUGCGAACAAAUUUUAUCGAAUCUUAAAAAUGGAAACAAAAAAGUCGCCUUUUUGUAAAUUUUGUUAAAUCUAUCAUUUGAAGUUAUAUUUCAUCAAUAAAUUAACAAUGGAAUUACAAAGUUCAGUGAAAGAACCUAUUCUUGUAUAUUGCCAUGUACAAUCUGUCACAAGCAAUGUUUCUGAAAUAUGCCUUAAUGUAAAAGAUAAAAAUACUGUUGUAUUGCAUCCGGAUGGAACUAAAAAUGUAAAAGAUGAACAUUAUUUUUUCUCUCAGGUGUUUGAUUCAAAGACCACUCAAAAAACAUUAUUUGAUCACAUUGCUCUGCCUAUGAUAAAAGACUUACUGCGAGGAAGAAAUGGUGUUUUGUUUAUGCAUGGAGUUUUGUUCAGUAACGAAAUAUUAGUUCGAUGUAUUGAAGUGAUAUUUAACAGCAUAAGGAAUUUACAAACUCCUGAUUGUGUUGGUGAACCAGAUCAAAUAAGAAGGUACAAAUUGUAUCCUUCUUUGCAUAUCUCAAAUGGCUAUUCAAAUGAAAUUGACUACAUACAAGAAAUUGAAUCUAGAAAGAAAAGUGGCCAAUCUAUAUGUGGUAUGCAGAUUCAAGAUUCUACUACAGUUCAAGCUUGCAAACAUAAGAAUUAUUCCGUUUUAGUCAGUAAUGUGGAUAUUUAUAAGAAUUAUAUUUAUGAUCUUCUGGAAAAUUCUCCAAAUAGUCAAAAACUCUCAAAGACAUUGCAAGAGGAUCAUACUGGUCAUAUUUAUGUGUCUGGGGCUAUUGAAAAACAAGUAAUAACUGCAGAAGAAGCUUUGAGAGAAUUUGAAAAGGGACAAAUUAAUCGAAAAAAUCUUCUCAAAAAUUUGAAGACUGAAUCUAGUUGCUAUAGCCAAACUGUUUUUGUUAUUAAGGUUCUUCACACUCGUUUAAAUACCGGAGCUGAUAAAGUAUCACAGGAGAAAAGAAAAUUUAGUCAACUAUGUAUUGUCUAUCUUGAUAGAGACAAGGAUGUUCCACAAAAUAGAAUUUCACAUCAAAAUUUUCAGAAUAAUGGGCAUGCCUAUAAAGCUGUAUCUGCUUUACAAAAGUGUUUUGAAGCUUAUCGAGAAUCAUUGAGUAGUAGCAUGAUAAAGGUGAUCCCUUACAAUGAUUCCAAAUUGACGCAGCUUUUUCAGUCUCAUUUUAAGGGAGAUGGAAAAAUAAGAAUACUCAUCUUUGUUAGUCCUGUUGUGGAGAAUUAUAUAAGCACUUUAGAAGCUAUGAAUUUCGCUGAAAGAAAUCAAGAUAAAUCUUCUGUGUCCUUUUCUUCAGCUGUUCUUUCUGUAGGAUCUAAAUUCAGUAGCCAAAUUCAUACGUCUAGAAGGGAAUAUGAACAUAAAUGGAAAUACUUAACACAUGUUUCUGGAGAACUGACACCAGCUAUUAAUAUCUCUUCUAGUUCUAAAAUUUUAAUGGAAGAUGAAUUAAAACUGAAUGCUCUGGAAGAAUCCCUCACAACCAAGAUGUCGAAACACAGAAACUUGACUCAAAAACUAAUGGAUUUGCAAGAGAAUUUUAGAAAAAAUUUGCAAAUUAUUGAGAAUGAAAAUGUUCGUUAUAAACAAGAAAAUACAGUUUUGCUACAAGAUCUGAAAGGUCGUGAGUAUCAAGUUCAAACUCUUGAGCAGAAACUAUUUUUAGCUGAACAGACCAUUGAAAAUCUGAACAGACAAAAUCUUGGCUUUCAGCAGCUAGCAGAAAAAGCUAAAACAGAACUGGAUUACAAAACCAAACAACUUAUUGAUCAAAGCCAUGAAAUUGAAGAAGCAAAACGAAAAAUGCAUGAAAAAUUUGUUCAAGAAAAGAAUAAAUUAAAGAAAACUAUGGAGAAACGAUAUGCUGCUGUUAAAACAGAAUUGAAAAGGAAAUUGUGUUUAACAGAUGAAAAAUUAAAACAAUUGCAAGAAUUUUUAAAUGCCGAUGACUUGGAUACCAGUGGAAGUAUAAAUAUGUUUUUUGUGCCAAGCACCACAUCAUUUGAAAGCUCUUUUUCAAGUGUAACUGAAAGUAAAAGAAAAGACUCUCUCUAUGGGAAUUCUAUCACUUACACAAAAUUUAUGAAAUUACAAUCUGUAUCAGAAUUCCCUCAAGAAGGAAAAAAGAACAAAAUGAAAUUUAACAAUGAUUGUUAUUCUGGUUCAGGGAUUGAUGCUUCUAAGUCUUCUGGCAUGUGUUCUACUCAAGCAGAAUUCUUUGACAAAUCAUUAAACUUAUGUUCAGAAAGUGCAUCUUGUAUCUCAAGAAAGGAACAACAAUCUGUUCCGAGAUUAGAGGAGAAGUUACCUUCCAUUUGCCCAGAGAGUGAGAGAAAAAGUGAAACUUCUGUGUGUGGAUCAAAAUUAAACGAUGCUCUUCCUGCCAAGCAGCAAAACAUCUCUGUGUUUUCAGUUAAAAAAGAAACCUUCUCUAACCCUGCUUCUUCAAAUAAAACUGAAGUGAAAGAAAUAUCUAACCUUCCAUUUGUAUAUCGAAUGAAAAGUGAACAACCUAAGCAAUCUAAACUUAACAAGGUUGUCAUAAAACCACUCAGAUUUUGUACAAAAGGGGGAGUAAUUGAAAAUAUCAAAGACAAAAGAAAUGAAUUCAAUGGUCAAGAAUUGUGGAUUGAACAUAAACCUCUUGGAAACCUUCAAAUAAAUGCAGCCCUGGAGCCAAAAAUAGAGAAAAAGAUGUCUGUUUGGAGAUUAAAAUUCAAAGAUUUGAUUAAAGGUACUGCCUCUAAAUAUAUUCUUCAACAUCAAGAGCUAGAUUCAAAUGGAGAAAUUGAGACACAAAUAUACAAAGGUGACAUCAUUAAAUCUCUCAGUGGAGGAGCUCAAGUGAUUUUCACAGAUGUUGAGAAAGUUUGUCUUGUAUCAUCAUUUAAUGACAGUUAUUUAAAAAAAAGAAGCGGAGAAAGUAUUCCUCUAAAUGAAAUUGAAGAAAGAUGUAAGAUAUCAUUGGAGUGUCACGGAUAUAAAACGAAAAGAACAUGUAAGUCUUCAAAACAAUAUUUUUGUAAUUAUGUAAUUUAAUACUCUAAUAAAUACAUGAUUCAGAUAAGAAUUAAAAGCAUGGUUCUAAAACCUUUGGUACUGCUACUAUUCUAAAUUUUAAUUGGGGGUUCUUUGACUAUUGCUUAAUUAAUAAAAUUCUUAUUAAUAUAUUAAAUGAACCAAACUGUUGCUGUAAAUAAACCAAUCAGUUUGCUGUUUAAAUAUGUCUGUUGAUCCAGUUCUAGCUGAAUUGGGAAAGGUUAGGUGAUGCUUUAGAAGCAUUGCUUUGAAGACAAAAGUACCAAUAAACUACUAGCAGCAUUCACAACUGCCACUGCAAACUACUGUGUCACAUUCAUGGUAAAAGUUGAAUACACAUAUAGACGGUGAUAAAUCUGCUAGAAAGAAAGUUGUUCAUAGGUCGGUACUUUAUUUACAUCACACUAGAACUGCACAAUGGGCUAUUGGCAGUAUUCAGGGAAACCUACCCUAGGAUGUUACUAAGACAUGCCAUCACAGUUCUGAUCCUCUGCAGAAGUGGUCGCUCCCCCACUCUGGUAGCCAUCUGGUGAUCUAAGUGCAAAGUCAAGCACUUUAAGGCAGAACACUGUAAUGAAGACUGAUACCUUAGACCCUCAGUCCCUACGCAGGUGGAUUAAAGUAAUCAUCUACUCGCUCACUAACUGUAGCGAGUGAAGCUUGACCACAGUAUUCUACUAGGAACUGUGUCUUUACCAUCACUUUUUUGUGAGAGGCUAUGGCAUCGUUGCUCCAUUUGCUUUUUACUCAUAUAGCUUUUAGCUUCUUUUAUAUCCAACAACUUCUAUUGGCAUUAAGGAAUAUCCCCAUCCUUUGAAACUGGUAACAUGAAUUAUUAGGAUAUACAUUGGGAACAGUGAAAGGUAUACAAUUUUAAAUUAUUGCUAUGACAACUUAUAGCAUUGAAUGAAUUUCCUUUUAUGUACUGUCUUUAUGACUGCUACGUCUAAGGAGCAUGUAAAAGAUUUUAUUUUUACCUAUAAUAACAUCAAACUCAUAUAACAUCAAACUCAUAUCAAGAUUUUAUUUUUACCUAUAUAACAUCAAACUCAUAUUAUACUUAAAAUUUCAUGAUUAACGUAAAUAAUUUUAACGUCAAACUAAAUAUUGAGCACUUAGAGCUUCUUUUAUAUAAGGGUAAUGGUAGUUCAAGCUAUAGAAGUUUUUUUUCUCUUAUUUUUACUUUUUGAUCUGCAUUUUUCAUACAUUAAAAAUGUUUUAUGUAUAUAUAUAAAGU